GAGCGAUCAGAUUUUUAUGGUUAUUAUAAGGACAAUAUGGGGGUAUUUACAGAUUUACAUCAAAUUAAAUCAAGCAGUUUUGACAGUUUCACAAGAUACUAAAGCAAAGUCGAGAAGAAAUAGCAGCACUUGUUGAAUGAAGGCUAGCUAUCCUGGGCAGGGCGCUGAGUGGGCUUUAGGGAUCCACAGACAUUUUCCCCCAAGCAGUUCUAAGUUCUGGGGAGGAGAAAAACAACUAAAAAUACUGAUCCAUCCGGGGAAGAAGGCUGGGGCGGGGGUUGGCUGGUUUUGGAGGACGUCAGCACCCCGUCGACCCGAGAGGCCCAAAGACGUCCAAAGGAACCAGGGCAGCUUGCUCUGGCCUCUGCAAGCCGCGCACACGCCGCCGUUUUCGCAGAGGAAGUAUCUCGCUGACCCAGGGCCGGGAGGCUUGCGCCUGCGCACUUUCGCAGAGCACGCUCCGGCGGGGUUGCCGGAAGUGCGACCUUCCGCUCCCGGGGCACAUUCCCAUCCGGGUCACGCCCAUCUUCCGGGUGUCUCUGACAGAGCUUUCUACACUGCCUUUUCGGCGACUUUUUGGUUUUCCGCUUUUUUGCCGCCGCGCCCAACCUUACACGCCCGCGCCAGCCCUGCCUUUCCUUGGGUCUCGACCCCGCCAGAGCCGCACCCCGGCCUUAGGUCGCCCGUUGGAGCCGGAGCUGGAGCUGGGCCUCGGCGUCCCACGGGCCUCCACUCCCUCGGUUGGCUCGGGCGGGAGCUGUGGGCGAUCGCCGGGCUGCCGCGGCUCGGACCUGGGAGCGUGUCGGCGGGCAGUGCCGCGGGGCCCUGCCUAGCCCUUCCCCAAGGACGCGGGUAGAAGAAUACAUGUUCACCUUCAGUAAACAAGAGCAUGUUCCCAAACUCAAUUUUGGGUCGUCCGCCCUUCACUCCAAACCACCAACAGCAUAAUAGCUUCUUUGCCCUCUCACCAGCUCUUUAUUCACACCAGCAACUUAUUGAUGCGCACUUCAACUUUCAGAAUGCAGACUUGUCUAGAGCUGUGUCCUUACAGCAGCUGACAUACGGAAAUAUCAGUCCAAUACAGACCUCAGCAUCCCCGUUAUUUCGAGGAAGGAAGAGACUAAGCGAUGAAAAAACCUUUCCUCUUGAUGGUAAACGGCAGCGUUUCCAUUCACCCCACCAAGAGCCAACUAUAGUAAACCAGAUAGUGCCUUUCUCUGGGGAACGGAGAUACUCGAUGCCACCAUUGUUUCACACGCACUAUGUACCAGAUGUAGUCAGAUGUGUUCCACCUCUUCGGGAAAUACCAUUUUUGGAACCUAGAGAAAUCACACUGCCUGAGGCCAAAGAUAAGUUGAGUCAGCAGAUACUUGAGUUAUUUGAAACUUGUCAGCAGCAAGUAAGUGACCUAAAGAAGAAAGAGCUCUGUAGAGCACAGCUGCAGAGAGAGAUUCAGCUGCUGUUCCCACAAAGCAGACUCUUUUUGGUUGGGUCCUCUUUAAAUGGAUUUGGUGCCCGGAGCAGCGAUGGUGAUUUAUGCCUAGUUAUUAAAGAAGAACCAUUUUUUUUUCAGGUGAAUCAGAAGACUGAAGCACGCCAUAUACUCACCUUAGUCCAUAAGCACUUCUGUACUAGACUUUCUGGCUACAUUGAGAGGCCUCAGCUGAUUCGUGCAAAAGUGCCAAUAGUGAAGUUCAGGGAUAAAGUCAGUUGUGUGGAAUUCGACUUGAAUGUAAACAAUACUGUUGGAAUUAGAAAUACAUUCCUUCUCAGAGCUUAUGCAUAUCUUGAAAAUCGAGUUCGUCCAUUAGUGCUGGUGAUUAAGAAGUGGGCAAGUCACCAUGAGAUAAAUGAUGCCAGUCGUGGUACUUUAAGCAGCUAUAGUCUUGUAUUGAUGGUUUUGCACUAUUUACAAACCCUACCUGAACCCAUCCUUCCAUCCCUCCAAAAAAUUUACCCAGAUUCUUUUAGUCCUUCUGUACAGCUGCACCUUGUACAUCAAGCUCCAUGUAAUGUUCCUCCUUACCUCUCAAAGAAUGAAUCAAGUCUUGGGGACCUCUUACUGGGCUUUCUUAAAUACUAUGCUACCGAAUUUGACUGGAAUAGUCAGAUGAUUUCAGUUCGUGAAGCCAAAGCCAUUCCAAGGCCUGAUGAUAUUGAAUGGAGAAAUAAAUAUAUCUGUGUUGAAGAACCAUUUGAUGGAACAAAUACUGCCAGAGCUGUGCAUGAAAAGCAGAAAUUUGAUAUGAUCAAGGAUCAGUUUUUAAAGUCAUGGCACAGAUUGAGAAACAAGAGGGAUCUGAACAGUAUACUACCUUCAAGAGCUGCUAUCCUGAAAACAUAACUGGCCUCAUUCUUAAAUUCGUCUGAGAAGUAAAGAACAAUAGUUACAUCAUAAUGCAUUUUGUUUACCUCCAUCCUGAUUUAUUUUUAAUUGUUGUUGUUUUCAUGUUUUAUUUUUAAAAGGACAUACUUCUAUAAAGAUUACAUAUUUUAUUAUGGUAUUUCUUAAUAAAACUCUUUGAUUUAAAAAUGUAUUUUUGAAAUGUUUACAUUGAUGAUUAGUAGUAUUAUGGCAUGACUUUUAAACAAUCAGAUAAAAUAUAUUUUGGGAAAAUACCUGAACAAAUAAAAGGUUUUUGAUAUAACUUCAAUUAAUUGUACCACAGGCUAAUUCUGAAGAACUAUGGAAUUUUGCAAAGUGUCUCAUUCGUACAUACUUACAGUAUAACCUACAGUAAAUAGUUGUCCAGGUCUGUUCUAGUCAAGUGAAGAUUCAAGUCAGUUAUUCAGUUACUUGAAGCAAAUGAAAUCUUUUAUUUCAGUGAAAUCACUAUGUUGUCCUGAAAUACUGGACAAUUGUCUUAAGUCUUCACCUGACUCCCUGAGAUAGACUGGGGCUUUGGGGGCUUGUCUGUAGUACUGUGAUGUCAGUACUUCACAUACUUUUCUUUGAUAGAUGCUUGAGCUUGCAUUAAUUAGAUUUUGUUGAAACAAUACAUCUUGCACUAUUGUAAUGGGAGCACUAGCUUUUAAAGCAGUUAGUGACUUGUUGGUAGAAUGUUUAAAAAUCUCUGACAUAGAGGCUUGGGGAACUGAAGUGUCCCUGCUUUGUGGUAGCUUAGUGCUGUGUGUACUUUUGCUUUACUUCUGGUUUCCUGCUUUUAUUUUCCCUACGACAGAAAACUGAAAUAUCAAAGUUAAGAUUAUAUCCUAUUUGUAGAAUCAGAUUUCUUUCUGUGAACAGUUACAGGAUUAUAAUCUAUAAACAGGAAUUUUAGGCAGUAAGCCACUAUAAAGUGUUUUAGACAAAACAUAAUAUUAUUAUAAAUAAAAGCUUAAUGUUUAUACAAAAAUCUUUUUAGUAUUUCUUUUCCACCUGAAAGAUGUAGUGGUGGCUUUGAAUGAAAGCUAUAGUGUUUAUUAGGAUUGUUCUUGGCUUAUGUAAAUAUUUGUAAAUUGGUCAGUACCUGUAAAUUUAAAUAUAAAAGGUUAUCUUGAAGGCAGUUUUAACUUUUUCAAAGAUUGCAAACAACUUGUAGGUCUACUGUAGUACAGUUUGUACCUCUAAUGUAUUUUUUUGCAGACCAACUAAAACAUGAAAACUUUUGCUUUCUUUGACUUAUAAAGGGUGCAGACUUUUUUUCUUUAAGUUUAAAUUUUUGUAUACUGUCAAAAUAAAGUUUCUAUACGGAAA